CACAGUGCUCAGUUACCAAGUGUAAGUAAGUCGGUAGAGUACAAGUUCUCAAAAGAUUCAUCAGGGGUCUGUCACUGUCUGAGGUUAAAAAAAAAAAUCGGAAAAGCAAAGGACUUCAGCACGGGUUGAUGAUGCUCCUGUUACCUCUGCUCGCUGUAUUCUUGGUGAAGCGAAGCCAUACUCGGACCCACUCGCUGAGAUAUUUUCGUCUAGCUGUUUCCGAUCCUGGUCCCGUCGUCCCUGAAUUUAUCUCUGUUGGGUAUGUGGACUCACACCCUAUCACUACAUACGACAGUGUCACUCGACAGAAGGAGCCGAAAGCUCCAUGGAUGGCAGAGAACCUGGCACCUGAUCACUGGGAGAGGUACACUCAGCUGCUAAGGGGCUGGCAGCAGACAUUCAAGGCGGAGCUGAGGCACCUACAGAGGCACUACAACCACUCAGGGCUUCACACCUACCAGAGAAUGAUUGGCUGUGAGUUGCUAGAAGAUGGCAGCACCACAGGGUUUCUCCAGUAUGCAUAUGAUGGACAAGAUUUCAUCAUCUUCAAUAAAGACACCCUCUCCUGGUUGGCCAUGGAUUAUGUGGCUCACAUCACCAAGCAAGCAUGGGAGGCCAACCUGCAUGAGUUGCAAUACCAAAAGAACUGGCUGGAAGAAGAAUGCAUUGCCUGGCUAAAGAGGUUCUUGGAAUAUGGAAGAGAUACCCUAGAAAGAACAGAGCAUCCAGUGGUAAGAACAACUCGAAAGGAAACUUUUCCAGGGAUUACAACUUUCUUCUGCAGAGCUCAUGGCUUCUACCCACCAGAAAUUUCCAUGACAUGGAUGAAAAAUGGGGAAGAAAUUGCCCAAGAAGUGGAUUACGGAGGGGUACUUCCCAGCGGGGAUGGAACCUAUCAAACGUGGCUGUCAGUUAAUCUGGAUCCUCAGAGCAAUGAUGUUUAUUCUUGUCAUGUGGAGCACUGUGGUCGCCAAAUGGUUCUGGAGGCCCCUCGGGAAUCAGGGGACAUCCUUCGAGUGAGCACGAUCUCUGGAACCACAAUUCUCAUCAUCGCCCUGGCUGGAGUUGGUGUUCUGAUCUGGAGAAGGUCACAAGAACUAAAAGAAGUCAUGUACCAACCCACCCAAGUGAAUGAGGGAAGCUCUCCCUCUUAGGAGCCACAAUCUCUGCUCUCAGGCAUCCGCAUGUCUUGGCCAUACUCCUGAUGCAACCGGGGACUGUAAAACUGAGCACUUGUGACAGGAAGAUAGGAGCUACAAAUUUUUCUUCAUUCUUUGGCUCCAGAAGAGCUGUCAACUUUUAGGCUCUUGAUAGACUCCUUUAUCACAGUCAACUUUAAAUAUAGUUUGUCUCAUGACCCAAUACUUCCCAAUAUUGUAGUUCUCAAUAGUGAUUUACAAGUAGAUCACAGAGUAUCAGAGCCGCAAGCAACUUUCUCACCUAAGCAGGAGAUGUCUUCUAAAAUGUCAUAGACUUGAGCAUUAGCCUUCACUCAACAUUAUGUGCAAGUUCCCCCAUUCUACUACAAAACAGCCUUUCUUGUUCAUUUUCUCUCCUGAGAAUGUUUACCAUGUAAGAACUUUGACCACUAUGGCUCUCAUGUUUGAGAAUCUAUAAGUAGGGUUGAGCCAACCCAUGAAAAUAGCCAGCAAGUUUCUACAGCAGCCUUUGAGUGGACGAGUCACUAUAUACAUAUCAUGGCCCAAGGGGAGGCAGAAGUAUCCAGUUCAUGGUGGCUCUGUCAGAAAGCAAGGAAUAUUGCAUGUUUGUCUGGCUACAUUUAUGGCAAUGACUUCCUUUGCUUUUACUGUUUCUGUGAGAAAUUAGAACAAUAAUUUAUCAAGCUGAGUGUGAUGGGAAUCUUAGAAGCCCAGUACUCAGGAAGCUGAAGCAGGUAGAUUUUACAUUUGGGGCUAGCUUGAGCUACACAAUGAAACCCUAUCUGAAAUAAACCAAAACAACAACAACAGCAACACACUUAACAGAACUAAAACAAUCAUUACCAGACAUAUUGUCCCCUCCCAUGGAACGGCAGACCUAGACUCACUUGCAAUAUUUCAACAUGAAAUAAUAGUGUUUGGCUGGAGAUGUCCAGGUGGGUGAAGAUGUCUGUUGCCAAGCAUGUCCACCUGAGGUCAGACACCCUGACCCACACACACAGUGAAAGAAAAAAACUGACUCCUGAAAGUUGCCCUCUGACCUCUCCAUGAGUGCUAAACUAAGGUUUUUAUUUUUGUUUUUGUUUUAAUCUGACAAAAUGUGUUCAUAUGCUUAUGUCUCAAAACGAGUUCUCUUUACUCUGGUAUUGGAGACUGAACCAGUACAGAAAAGACAGGAGUUAGAAUUGAACCUUUGGGGGUUUAGGGUGUAGCUCAGUGGCAGAGAAUUUUCUUAGCAUGUAUGAGGCCCUGAGGUCAGUCUUCAGCACUUUGAACACACACACAUACACACACCACCACCACCACCACCACUAAUAACAAACAAAAACUAAAACUUUGGAUCUUUCUUCUGUAAGUGGUUUUAAAUUAAAUUGUUUCUUAAUACUUU